UCUAGAUCUUGAGGCUGAAAUCACUCUUUCCUUCCUCCAAAACACCCUCAGUGCCACAGCAGUUACCUUCCUUGUCUCUGCAUCCUGAGCAUUUCACAUCUGUGACUUACGACUAUCAGUCAUCCAUCACCUCUUUACUCUCCACCGUCCCUGCAAUUCUCUCACCCGACCGCCUCUUCGUUCCGACAUCUACUCUUCCGCCACACCACCCUCUUCAUCUCCAUCACGAUGGCUGACGCCGACUGGGAUAGCGUCACCCGCAUCGGCAGUAAGGCGCGAGGACCAGGCAGUGGGGGUGUUGACCGUGAACGUGUCGUCAAGGGCAAGUCCGCCAUCAACGCAGCCAGCCGAUCUGGAGCCAUCAUCGGCACUGAGAAGAAGUACUCAUCUGCCAACGCCAAAGUGAGUGCUGACGGACAGCGUCUGGCGGCCAUCGACCGCACCGACGAAAUCGUGAAACCCAAGACAGUUGGCAAAGAAGUCGGUCAAAUCAUCAGCAGGAGGCGGCAGGAAGUGACACCAAAAUUGACGCAGGCCGAUCUUGCCAAAAAGAUCCAGGUCGCGUUGCCAAUCGUGCAAGGCUUCGAAAGCGGUACAGCUGCUCCCGACCAGGAUGUGUUCAACAAGCUCGAGAGGGCCUUGAAUGUCAAAUUAAGAGGGAGCGACAUUGGGGCUCCAAAAUUGGGACCCAAAAAGAAGUGAAGAGAAUACAUGUUGAUCUCGAUAACCCCGAGAUUUGGUAACUACCAGCAAGACGACAUAGCAUUUCACUCUGCAAAUUCUUGUGAGGCGUCAAGAUCAUGGCACUGAUCAGAUCGGGAGCAUCCAUUAGCGAAAAGGUCCGAUAGACAAGAAGGCGGUUGCAAUUGCUGCAUUACCCGCCCUGAUGAUGUUAGUUGAAAAUUGCGGCCUGUGGAUUUGUUGGUCGCAACGCAGAUUUGUGACCGUCGCAACAUUGAAAGCAAAAUACGAACAACAUCAUUCCUGCUCAGGUUUCUUCCAUUCUGGGUGAUCGUUCCAACUUUGAAUGCAGCCAAGGUCCGUACAGCAACAGCACCAGAAGUACGACUGGGUGCCUGGCAGUAAGACACAAAACUCCAGGACAAAGAGGUCGGAUCAUCACAAGGCUCAAUCUCCCAUACUCCCUCUGUCCUUCCAUCGAUCUCUCAACAUCCUCCAAGCGGAACUUGUAGCUGUAUUGCUGUGCACAUUCAUGGAAUACACUGGGAAGACCUGUCUCUCUAGUAGCACGACUUGUAUCGAGCAGAAUACUGCAGGGGAAGUCCGAUAUGAUGGUAUAACAAGGUACAGAAUCGGUAUCCCAACGCAGAAGAACCGGGUUGUGAACGCUGUAUGAUAUUUAUCGCGUGCUGUCUCUAUGCACUACCUCUAUAUAUCUUCAACGGCUGUCAACUUGUAGAUAUGGAGAUAAGCAAUGCUCCUGCAUGCUUUGCCCGAUAUGUACCAGCGAUGAUGUUCG